AUGGCAUCGUCCGAGGUCGACCAAAAGUUUCUUGGCAAGCUUGCAAGAGCUGUUGAGCCUAGCAAUGCCCUACUAUCAUCGAUGCUGUUCAAAAUCCUUGGUUUAUCGAUCAACCUAGCCGGCCAAUUAGUCAAAGCUCGAAAACAACGACGUUUAGACACAACACGCAUGACCCAGUCCCUCGAGCUCUAUUUACAUAUCAUAUGGCUCUCAAGGGAGGGUCUAGUUAUGCUCGAGCAAUACGUCCUCCCCAUGGUUGGUGACCACGUGGAGUUAAAGGUGCUCGCCUUCAAGCUACGCGCGUCUUUUUACCACAUUUUUGUACUAUUCCACAACAACCCACCUGUGUCAACACUAGCAAUCCCGACAGCUGAGGAAGUGGCGGCUGCGACCGCAUCGCAACAACUCGAUAAAGGCAAAGGCGUUGCAAAAGACGAAGACAUCCCAGAAACAGCCAGGUCAUCUCUGCAGCCGACACAUGCCUUGGAGGGAGGGCCAGUCCUCCCUCCGCCUGGAUUUGGACCACAAACGCCUGAAGCAAUCGCCGCCUUCCUUCUCCCGUCGGUGAAUUAUCUACCCACGGCCCAUAGCUAUUUUAAGCAAGCAAUUGAGCUUGCAGACAGUCUACUCUGGGGGUCUCAUUCCCUUAGACUUUCAGUCAAGACUGAAUAUGCAGCCUUUUUGUACGAAUGUGUCCAUGACGCAGAGGGGAGUCGAAAAGUGGCAAAAGACACCAUCGCAGAGGUGUAUGAGGCAACCGAGGGGAUGGACGAUGAUAUGUUCAAUGACGCUUGUGAUCUUGUCACUGUCCUGGGCAAGAUGAUGAAGCGCGGACUAGGCUCAAGCAAUCCGUCAAGGAGUAGGGGUCAGAGCCCAGCAACUUUAGCGACAUCGCAAGGAGACAGUGUGGCGACAGCGGUCCCUCCUGCUGGCAUGCAAAACCCGAUAUGA